AUGGAUGGGAACAACAGAAUCAACUCUACUGACUUCUUCCUCAUGGGGUUUUUUAGUUACAAUGUGGUCUCAAACCUCAUUUUUAUCAUUAUCUUCAUCAUCUUCUUUAUUGCCUUGAUGGCUAAUGGUGCCAUGAUUUUCCUGAUCAACACAGAUACUCGCCUCCACACACCCAUGUACUUCCUACUCAGUCAUCUCUCUUUCAUUGAUAUCAUAUACAUCACCACCAUAGUCCCCAAGAUGCUGGUGGACUACUUUUCAGGUCAGAGGACUAUUUCUUUUGUGGCUUGUACUGCUCAAUAUUUUCUUUACCAAACUUUUGUGGGAGCUGAGUUUUUCCUUCUGGGUCUCAUGGCCUAUGACCGCUAUGUAGCUAUCUGCUACCCUUUACGAUAUCCUGUUCUCAUGAGUAGACAGAUUUGUGUCAUAAUAUUGAUCAGCUCUUGGUUUGGGGGGUCUUUAGAUAGUUUUCUUCUCACCCCCAUCACAAUGAGCCUACCAUUCUGUGCCUCCCACCAGAUCAAUCACUUUUUCUGUGAGGCACCCACUAUGCUGAGGCUAGCGUGUGGUGACAAAGCUAUCUAUGAGAUGGUGAUGUACGUUUGCUGUGUCAUGAUGUUGCUAAUCCCCUUCUCUAUAAUUAUCACCUCCUACACUAAGAUCCUCAUCACUGUUCAUCAUAUGAACUCUUCAGAGGGGAGAAAGAAAGCCUUAACCACUUGUUCUUCACAUAUAAUGGUGGUUACCUUAUUCUAUGGGGUAGCCUUAUAUACCUAUAUGCUUCCCCAAUCAUACCACACCCCAGUCAAGGACAAAAUUUUCUCUGCCUUCUACACCAUCCUCACACCCAUGAUUAACCCCCUCAUUUAUAGCCUGAGGAACAAGGAUGUGACUGGAGCCAUGAAGAGAGCACUAGGGAGGUGUAAAAGGAUACCCAGGGUAACUGGAGAUGAAUUCUAA